AUGGCGAGCACAUCUUCUUUUCUAAGCCAUCCAGGUGGUCGUCCAAGGCAAUAUCGUACCCCUUCGCCCCCGCGACGCGCUAUCGAACCAAUAUCUCCCACUUUCAAAUCUGAGCGCCAUUCGUUCUGGAACGAUCGCGACGCCUUUUACCCCCGAGGCUACAAUGGAAAUUCAUACAAUUCCCAGAGUGAUCAAUCUCGACGAUCAAUUGGAGCUAGUCAUACUCGUCCCUCGUUUGGCAGCCAGGUCGAACAUCCCAAAGCCGGCCACGGCCACCAUCGAGCCAGCUCGAGCAUUGAAACCCUUGCGAACAUUGCGCUGGCCACAAGUCCGAGGUUUCAAUCUUUAUCAUUCGAUCCUCCCGGAAACCCAACGCACAGAGAAUCCCCACCAUUAUUCCCACCUACCGAUGCCGAGUUUGAACGACCUGCUAAACGCGCGCGGUCAGAAAAGGCAUCGCCUGUAUUCCAACAUGUUGACACACGCCCAUCCACUAGUCAUGUUACUACGGUACCUGACAGUAUGAAAACCGAUGCCGAACUCCUCUUAAACUUCGCCCGACCAACUAAUUUUGCUUCCCCCCACCAAUAUUCACAAUCCUCCAAUGGCUUCGAUCAGCCAUUUAAUCAGUUCGCCAAUGACCAAAGGAUACCCGCAGGCUAUGGUACAAGUAUGGCCAUUCCUGGCUUUAUAGCAAGCGCGCUACCAGGCAGUAAUCAGUCACCCUCACGCUUACGGUCACAUUCAGACGGUUCGACAGCUAUUGCACCGCCAGUUAUUCCUGAACUCCGGCCAAACACGAGCUCGUCAACGUUACCUGGAUCUUCUUGGGAGGGCGACACUUUCCGAAAAUAUAACAACGCGCAAGAACAGUCGAGCCAUUUACCAGACGAAAACAACAUCAUGCCAAAGCCUAUGAAGCGUCGUCCUACUAUCACUGGCGAAACCAUGGAGGCUGUUCCAGAAGCAAAAGAGGAGGAGGUAACGCCAGAUGAAAGCGUCCCGGCAAAUUGUGCAGCGUGUCAUCUAGUACGCAUGGACGUUAAUAACGAAGACCAAGGGGAAGAUACGUGGAUCAAGUGUGACGGUUGUGAAAGUUGGUAUCAUAUUGUCUGUGCUGGCUUCAAGAAUGAUCGCGAAGUUCGGACGGUUGACAAAUUCAUUUGUCGAAAAUGCCGACCAGUCCACGGUCAAACAACCUUUGUACGCAAAUCAUCUCGAGCAAGGACAACCAUCGACUAUGCGGGUCUCAAUCAGGGUCUUGUCAAGACUUCUACUGAUUCUUACGAACACCAUUACAUCCAGCCUAUCAAAGAUGGAAGGAUACAAUUCUUACCCGAGAGCUUUCCCCGUAUGAGAGCUGAGUUGGUGACCGCUGAAUUCUUUGAACGGGGUGUUGGUAUGACAGAGCCCAUAAUCAUCCCUGCUGCACUCAAUCCUCGUACUUCUAUUGAUACGUCCGAGUUGGAUUCUACUUUCGAUGGGCUUGCAGGCGAAGCAUCGACGCAGGAGAUGUUUGAUGAAGUACUUGAGAAUCAGCCAGGCGAGCCUGAGAUGGUUCUUGAUUGUGGACAAGACGUGUUAGACAUGGUUAUUCCACAGGGUCUUACAGUACGCGCAGUCGCCGAACUCUACGGGCCCGAGGAAAGAGUUGAGGUCAUUGAUGUCAAAUCCCAACAAGGCGAGGACAAGAGAUGGAAUAUGCAGAAAUGGGCCGACUACUAUGAAAGCACUGGAAAGAAGAUCGUACGGAACGUGAUUAGUUUGGAAGUCUCCCAAAGCCCGCUGGGAAAGCUCAUUCGCCGACCGAAAAUCGUUCGCGAUCUUGACCUUCAAGACUCUGUUUGGCCGGAGGAGCUGAAAGCUAUUGGCGAUUUCCCGAAAGUACAAUUCUAUUGCUUGAUGUCAGUUGCAGAUUGCUAUACAGACUUUCACAUCGAUUUUGGUGGGUCUUCUGUCUAUUACACGAUCCUCAAGGGAAAGAAAACGUUCUUCUUCAUACCUCCAAAAGAAAAGCAUCUCAAGAAGUAUGAAGAAUGGUGCAAUUCCCCGGCGCAAGACACAACCUUUCUUGGAGAUCAAACCAAAGAGUGCUACCGAGUUGAUUUGCAAGAAGGCGACACGAUGCUCAUCCCAGCUGGUUGGAUUCAUGCCGUGUGGACGCCGGAAAACAGUCUUGUCAUUGGAGGCAACUUCCUUACACGUAUGAACUAUGGUAUGCAGAUCAAAGUCGCGAAGAUCGAAAAGGAUACAAAGGUUCCACGCAAGUUCAGAUAUCCCUUCUUUCAAAAGAUUCAAUGGUACACUGCAUUGAAAUACCUGAAUGAUGAUCCUAUCCCCGACUCCGUGUUUGACGCUUUCUCUCGCGACGAGCACUAUCGGUUUUAUCGACAAUUCCCAAUCUACUACGAAUUUGGAGAAAGGGAAAACCGCUCAGCUCUAGGGUCUCCAUACCACAACGCUCGUUUCUACUCACAAGCAGAAUUAGAAGGGCUGCCUGAACUUUUGAGAUACCUCCUUCGGACUGCACUCAUUGCUGGAGGUUAUUCGGUUGACGGGGUUACAGCAGAAGCAAGGAAUGCUAUCAAACGUUCUAUUCCUAAGAUGCAGGGAGAUCCCGUCGAGAUUGCCAAGAAAUUUGCAAUUUGGAUAGCGUGGAAACGAGGAAACGAGAAUGCGGCUUCAUGGACUCGACCUGGCGCAAUCUCCAGUACCUUUAAGAUUGAUCAGGUUGAGAAAAGACCGGCUGGGCGUCCGAGUCGUCGAUCCGAGCGACAUGCAGAUGCUCAAAAGAUGUAUGCUGAAAGGCAGAGUCUGCAACUCGUAACUGAACCACUGCUGGAACCACAGGACGCUUUCCCGAGUUCAACGCCAAAUCCUCCUAGUGACAUUGUACCCAUUCCUCAACCUCAGCCUCAACCUGUUCUCAUUCCCGUCACCCCAGCUGCUACUGCUGCCGCUGCUCCAGCUCUCUCUACCCCGAUCAUCUCUACUCCAAGUGUCUCUACUCCUGCCACGACGAAUUCAACCGUCAAAGAAGAACUGCCUAAGCCUCGAACUACGAACAAAGGCUCCGGACUAGGACCGAAGCGCGUGGCUUGUGACGCAUGUCGUAAAAGGAGAAUACGUUGUCGACAUAAAGAUGAGCAAGGUGAUGGCUUGUCGCUAGGAGUGUCGCCCACCGCUGCUCCUCCGGGGGUCAUGUUCGACUCUGUCGAUCCGCAACGACAAUCUAUUCUCGCGCGUGAUGCAGCUUCUGUGUUGAACGCGCUGGCUUCUGUUGCCACAGAGUCCACUCUUCAGGAUGGCGGCGAGCUCUUGCCAUAUAACAGUGAUGGUUUCUCUCGGGACAAUGUCAGCUUCUUGAGUAGCAUUUCACAAUCCGCGUUUCCGCGUCCGGUGGAAGGAUCCGUCAACGGUAUCAAUAGCGGAAAGAAGGGAAGAAGUAAGGCCUGCGAUGAAUGUCGUAAAAGCAAGCGUCGCUGUAUUCAUGAUGAAUAUGGUAGAAUUGACCCAGUCAAAGCUCAAGAGCGGUCAAAGCCUCGCGCGACAUCGUCAGCGAAACGACCCAGACCUAAUGAAGACGGCCUUGAUCCGGCGACACAUAAGAAGGCCAAGGCCGAUGCAACUGCUUCUGUCCCGCUUGACAAUUUUAACUACACUGGAUUCGAGACCGACCAAACCAUGCCACCUUACCUUCCCGCAUCUGAUACGCUUGUCCUAGCCGAGGAGCAAUACCAACGAGAGUAUUACAAGCAGGACCCUGACGGCCUAUCGACAGUUCAAUCCCCGCCAGAGGACAGGUUUGAUCAAUCAAUGGAUAUUGAACCGGCAGACGUCUCUUAUGCUGUCUUGCCAAACCCGAAGAUCAACGGGGAUACAGCCAUACCUACGUCACACACGCAAGCUAAUCAUCAACUAGCGAAUUCGCUGGCAUCACCGCCUACCUCACUUUCAGGAGAAACUGAAAUAUUACCGCCGAAACAUCCAAGUGAAGAACUUAAAGGCGGUAGCGUUAUUGUCGACGGCGAGCAUGAGGUACUACAUACACCAAACUCUAGCUCACGCCACUCCUCUCGUCAACCACGCCACGUUGAUCGAUACAUCCCAGAACAACAAGUUGGAACGAAACCGAGUACAAUAACAAAACAAGCUGCGAUGGCCACUUCCACUCGACAGCCUACAAAAGCCUUAUCGACAACAUCAAGUCAUGGCAAGAAAUCAACAUCGCGGCCUUCUUCGUCCCACACCAAGAAAAGUGCCUCACCCAGCCUUGAGAAAAAGUUGGCACAUUCAUCAACGACAUCUCCCAGCAGUAGCAAGAAUGUGAAACGCGAACGAACCAGUUUUACUGCCGAUGACACUACUGAUGCGGAUGCUGAGAGUCUGAGGUUGAUCAGAGAAUUGCAAGAACAGGACUUUGGUCUUCGGCGACGAGCUGCACGUGUCUAA